AUGUUAGAUUAUUUAAAAAUAAAACAAGUUGGUGGCCUUAAAGCUCAAACAAUUAUUCGAGUAAGUCGAUUUGUUAUGAAAAAUAAUUCUUUUUCUUAUAAUAGCCAAUAUUAUCAUCAAAUUCGUGGAGAAGCUAUGGGUUCUCCUUUAACUUUAACUAUUGCAAAUUGUUAUAUGUUUUUCUUUGAAAGAAAAUUAGUUAAUCAAAUUCAUAAUAGCAAUGGAUUGUAA